AAUCAUCGCAGUCGUGGCCUCUACACUGUGGGUAGGGAAAUGUGUAGAUAAAGUAAGAGUACAUUGCUGAAUUAACUCGCGUAAGCUCUGUAAUAAGAAUGAAUGAUUUCGUUAUCGCAGUGACAUUUGUUGGUAUGGUGUUACGUUGGGAACACUUCGUCCAACAAGUUGUCCAAGAUGUUUAAAGCCCAAUUUUGGCGUCCGGGACAAGCUGUCCCUCUCGCCUCUCUCGCCCUGAUCCCCAUCCGGCGAGCAGGACGAGAUGACGUCACAGAUGCAUUUGUAUGGAAACAAUUAUAUCUGCAGCAACCAUAAGAUAGGGGUUUCAAGUGACAUGGCAAGACAUUUGAAACAAUCAUCAAAACUUACUGCAGCUCCCCAAGAGAUGAAACUCACAGCUAACAGCAGCUACUAUUAAAAUGUCAGGUCUUCACUCAGUUACAGAGGUCACAGAAAUGACUUCUCAGACAAAGCCAGUGCAGUCAGCAAGAACAAAUCUUCCAAUAGUGGUGAGCGAAGGUGUUUAUGGUGACCCACUUGGAGGUGAUCAACAGUGCUUUGUUCUUGUGGAUGAGAGGACUGUGGGUGUUAUGCCUGGUGUUUCGACAGUACAGAGUCUGCUCUCAGACCAAGAGGCUGUCAUGGGUGUUAGCAAUGACAAAUCUGUUCAAGUGAUGCAGGUUGAGAACAGUAAAACGUUAGAGAUGGUGAACAUGCGCGACAAGGAGACUGUCGAAAUGAUGCACAUGCGUGAUGGAAGCACAGUGGAAGUGCUGCAGAUGGAAGAUGGCAAAACAGUUGAGGUUGUCCAGAUGGAUGGAGGCAAGACGUUGGAAGUUAUGCAUAUUGACAGUAGUAAGCAUCCUGAAGUAAUCCAUGUUGAUGGCAGCAGUGAGAUUGAAGUGUUGAAUGUUAAUGAUUCACUUAAAGGACCAAUUGUUACAAGUGCCUCAUCAACUGUGUUUGGUCAACGAAAUACCAAGUGCAUUUUUUCUAGGGAGGAGUCAGAGAAUGUAGCGCCUGUAGCAGUCAAGAGAGUCAUCACUUCGCAAGGGAAUCAAGACACAACCAGUCUCAGUCUCAGAUCACUAGCAACAGUCAACCCUUCCAUUGUUUUGUCAACGGCAAAAAGUAAUAUAUUACCUUCCCAAGAGUAUCCCAGAAUAACAUCUAGUACAUCCCUAAACAGCAGAAGAGAAUCACAGGUUAUCAGAACACAUGAGUUGCAGACCAUCACCCAUGUUAAUUCAAACAUUGUCCUGUCUGGUAGUAAAGAAGUUUUUUCUGGUAAUGUUGAUGAUUUAAACAACACCAUCAUAAUUUCAUGGCCCACAAUACCAACAGAACCAGAAAACACAAUUGCAACACAGACUGAACCGGUUCACAAUAUAGGACCAAGUAUGAACCUUUUUUUCUGCACCUUUUAUCAAGAUGGAAGUGUUCAGACACAGUGUGACAUGCCAGAACAGCAGCAUGUGGGGAUUUCUACUGUUAUUAGUGGCAACUGCAGAGGACAGAAAAAUAGAGCACCAGGAAACCAUUCUAGGGAUGAUGGAGGGAUAUCAUUGAAGAUGGAUAAUCUGAGGGGAUGUGACUCUGAAUCAGGUGAUCCCCAAUACUCGAGAAGUGGCAGAGUUUUGAAGCGGAAAGAGGUAGCUCUGAAGGCAGAGCCAGAUGAUGAGGUGGGGGAUCCUAAUUUUGAGCUCCUUGGAGAUGAGGAAGGGGAUGAAGAUUCAGGGAGACAAAAUGCAGGAGAAAACAGUGUAUUUAGGAAGAAGAGAGGGAGGAAGAAGAAACGGAGGUUACCGUCAACUGAGGAUUUUGAAGAUGAGUUUACCAUUCCUGCAAAUAAGGAAGAUGUAAAAGAAGUAGCUGUCAAAGAGGAACCAGUUGAAGUAGAUGACAGUGAAUUAGCUUUGGAAAUAUUAAAGACAAAGGGUUAUGGCCUAAGAACCAAGAGACGGCCAAAGAAGCUUAGUGAUAUGCACUACAUAGAGGAGAAGGUGGUGAAGAAGAGAGUUGACAGAAACCAAGAGUUUUCCUGCCAGAUCUGUUCCCAGGUCUUCCCCACAUUCACAAGACUACAGCGCCAUGCCAAAGAAGAGCACAACUCAUCCGAAUUUUCCUUUCCAUGUGAUCUGUGUGGUGUUGUAUUCACAAGGCCACAGAAUCUAGAACGGCACAAGGAUACGAAGCAUGGUGAUGGGGAGAGGCGGUUUGUAUGUGAACACUGUGGCAGGAGAUUUGCUCGUCAUGAUGUGAUGACAGUCCACAUUUCAAUGGUUCAUAUUAAAAAGACUUUGCAGGGUAAGAAAGGACCUGUGGUUAUUGGACCAAACACCUUCCAUUGCACAAGUUGUGAUAAAUUUUUCUCCAAGGAGCAGAAAUUAAGAGAUCAUAAACAAGGCGAUUUAACGUGUAGUGAUUGCUCAAUAUCUUUUGAAUGUAAAACUUCCCUAAGAGUUCAUCGUUAUAAGCAUCAUCCAACAGCAUGUAGUGAAUGUGGGAAAGUUUGUGACAGUAAACAACAAAUGUACUUCCAUAGAUUGUCUCAUGAUCCAAAGUUUGUUUGUAAAUAUUGUAAAAAAGGAUUUAUUUGGAAAUCUCAGUACACUGUCCAUUUAGCAACACACACAGGAGAGAAACCAGUUGUCUGUGAUUUAUGUGGGAAGGCAUUUGCUCACAAGCUUGCAGUUAGCAAGCAUAAAUGGCAGGAACACAAUGAGAGUAAUAAGAAAUUCAAGUGUCAGACAUGUGGGAAGUCUUUUGUAUAUAAAGCUAAGCUGCAAUCCCACAUUCGUAGCCAUACAGGGGAAAAACCAUUCAUGUGUCACCUUUGCCCUUCCUCAUUCUCACAGCGUUGUAACCUGACUGCACAUAUAAAGAGUGUUCAUGGUGUGUACAUUCAGUCUAUUAAAAGUGAUGGCACAACUCACACGCAGUUGGUUAAAUACAAACGAGCUAAAAAGGCAGCACCUGUAGAAGCCCCUCCAGCUGUUGUUAACACUGUAGUGACACCUUCUGUUGAUGCCCCCAUGCCUGAUCAACCCCAAGUAGCUAUUCAGGAGGAAAUGCCAGAAUCUUUUGAGACAGAGGCAGCAGUAUAUCAGAUUGUUUAUGCCUAUCCAUAGGAACAGAUGUGACAAAAUAGAAUAUGCAAUUUUCAUGUGAGUCUAAAAAAUAUGAAAAUGUAAAUUAAACUAUUGUUUUAAUACAUGUAUAGAUAUAUAAGUUAUGAUGUCAUUCAUACAUAAUGGAUGGUAUUUACAACUUGAAAAAAAGUCCUGCAUAUUUUUAAUUGCAUAAAGAAAUUUAUGUCAAUGUUCAUGAUCAUUCAGGGAGUGCAAAUAAGAAAUUAAAAUUAUUAUUGACUAAGGGGAAAUUAAAGUUCAAUUUGAAGGAAUGAUUUCAUAAUUCUUUUUAUAAUUAUUAUUUUUGUUAGUUUUAGACAAAACCAGUAUUUUAUUGUCUAAAACUUGAAUGAAAGAAAGGAAGUUAACAUGAUUAAUGUGACCAGUAAAUUUAUUUGGAUAAUUAUUUGGCCCAAAAUGAAGCUAUGUCCAUUUUACUUAUGGUUGUAUCUGUCAGUUAUGUAUGGGUCUGAAAACAUUAUCAUAAUUUUCCAUGCAUUUGAUUCAAAUUGUACCAAAGUUAUUUUAUACACUAUUUAGAUAUUAAUUAUUUAUUUUAACUAUUUUGUCCCCUGUUAGUCAGUUAUCUGAAGUCUAGGUCUUACAUGUUACUUGAAUAAUUACUAACACGCAGUUAAAUUGUCUUCCAAAGGAUUAUGUCCUUCCUAUUCAGUUUUUGAAUCCUUACUUAUGGUUUUUAUUUUCUAUAAUUGCAAUGUACAAAAAGAUAUUUAUCAAAAUAGCAAUAUACAGACUUA